AUGAAUAACAAGCAGCGUGGAGGUGUCGCUAGAUGUCUGAAGUGUGGAAACCUAGAAGUCGCGUCAGGUAAAGCAAAGGCAUUGGCCCGGUGGGAGAGGUUACGGCAGUACGUAAGGGCCGGAUGUCAUAGGCUUCUGAUCCCACCGGAAGAAUAUUUCAGAACUUUGGCAGACAUGGAUGAGGUUAUGUACCGAAUGGACACGAGGGAACGGACGUUUUAUGAAAAACAGGGUCGAUUUAGAAAACCGAAGGGUCUAAACAGAGAAACAUCGAAACUUUCUUCGAAAAGUUUGUCCAUAGGAAAUUUACGGAGUGGAGACAAUUGUUUAAAUGGGGAUAGUGUUUCUAACCAAGACGUUCCACCACUGCCUGUCAUUCCUGAUAUGUCCCCAACUCCUACAAAGAAAGAUUACGUAGAGGAUUAUGAUUAUGACGCAAACGAAGACGUGAAACUUGAAGAUGUGAAGACGUUCGUGACGCCUCGACGAAAAACGACGAAGACAGCCGAUGUUUACCUACUGGCAUGUAAACGUUGUAAGGUCACCGCCCUGUCUAAUUAUACUCGCCAGCUUCAGGUACCAACUACAACUAGUAUCGACCUUGCCAACAACCUCAUCACAGCCUCUGAUAUGAAGGCAAUAGCAGUGUCUCUAGUGAGAGACAAAAGGAUCGUCAGUCUAGAUUUAUCAAACAAUAAGUUGGGACCUCUUGGAGUCAUGUACAUAAGUGAAAUGCUUGUCAGGAACAAUACCUUGAUUGAACUGAAUCUGUCUGAAACCUUCCCUGGUCCUGAGGGACUAGAAGUUCUAGCCGAGGCACUGCAACACAAUGGUUCUAUCAGAACUCUCAAACUGCAAGGCAAUAACAUAGAGCACACGGAAGUUGAAACAAUCGUAAGGAUGUUACAGAGCGUGCGACUACGGGAGCUUUACCUGGGCCACAAUUCUCUAGGGUAUCAGGGCUUCAGUGCCCUAGCAAGUGCAAUAGAAAGAAAUACCACGUUGCGAACACUUGACCUACAAUGGAAUCAUAUUCGCCGGGAUAGUGCCAAACAAGUGUGCAAAGCAAUAGCGGUAAACAAGGGUCUACAUACAAUAAACUUAGCCUGGAAUGGUCUUGGGAAGGAGGGAUGUAUCGCAUUGUGUAGGUCACUGCCAAAGAACGUCACUCUACAGGACAUUGACCUAAACAGUAACCGAAUAGAUACAACAUCACUCCGAUUUCUACUCCAUGGUCUAGUGCAUAACACAUGUCUCAAGUGUGUCAGAAUUGGCCGCAACCCUUUGACUACAGAUGGUGCUAAAGCGAUAUUACGUGCCCUGCAGUCGUCAACGAAACCUGUCAUUGAGGAUUUAAUCUUAGAAGAUGUUUCCGUAGAUGAAGAAUUCGUGACGUUACUGACAAAACUACAGGAAACAAAGAAAAUGAAGAUAGUCCACGGAGAAAUACUUUCCUCCGGAAUGAACAUAAAAGAACGAAAGCAUGACCCUCACGACCUAAAUCGAUUUGACCCUGUACUGGUUUUAGUGGAAUACAUGCGCAUAGACAAUCUUCGUCUUAUUGACUUUUUCCAGUAUCUAGAUACGACAAAUCGAGAACAGCUUUCCAGGACGGAUUUUAGGGACGGAGUAGCGAAUCUCAGGAUACCUCUAACGGAACAUCACUUGGACAUCGUCAUGCAGACACUUGAUUUAAAGCGUGAUGGAUACGUGGAUUUAGAAGAAUUCAUGACGGUCCAGAGAGAAGUGCAACGCCAAAUCACAAACAGAACAACGAGGGCAAGGCGACGCACAGGCAAAGAUGAUGAAGGGCUUGUAGGGCUUCGAAAAAUUCUUAAGGAACUUAUAGAAAAAAGAAAUAAAGAAAACAAAGAAAAGGCGACUGCCAGACGGUUUUCGUUGGCAUGGAGCAGUGCUGUACGCCAAGCGUCAAACGCACGCAGAUUCUCGGACCCAGUGGUGUCAAUGUCCCAUGAUCAACAGGAAAAAAAGUCCCCAAUACAUUUAUUACAACAGUUAAUGAAAAACAACAUUGCCGGAAGCACAGAUACGAUUCCGGAAGAGGAAAUAGCAUAG